GGCUGGCAGCACUUGAGGAAUUCAAACACCCUGUACUGUCUGGAUCCAUGUCUCAGACCUUGGAAAUGUAGCUCGGAUAUGUCUACGUUUUCCCUGUGAGUUUGUUGUUGAGCUAAUGGUAAGAAAGUAGAUACUACUAUUGGAAAAAAUGUGAACCGGACUUGUAGUUUGACAUUUCUAAACUCAUUUUAAAAAAAUGUAUUGUGGAGGACAGGGUAAGCUUUUAUCUCUACUCUCCGCCUCUUGAAGUCUGCCCUACAUCUGACUCCUUUUGGUCCUUUGCAGUUUGCACAGCAGCCUGUGCUCUGCCCUACAUUUUAUUUUGGCGUUUCUCACCACCACCGCUCCGUCGCUGCGUAAAAGCUGCCGCGCUGCGCUUGGACAUGUAGUUGAUUUGCGCACAACGACGUCUCCAAAAUGGACUUAAAAUCCAAACUCCUCAAGUCCAUCUGGUACGCUUUCACAUCGCUGGACGUCGAGAAGUGCGGGAAAGUGUCCAAAUCGCAGUUGAAGGUGCUUUCACACAACCUGUACACAGUGCUGAAUAUCCCACACGACCCUGUGGCUCUGGAGGAGCACUUCCAGGAUGAUGAUGAUGGGCCGGUGUCUAAUCAUGGCUAUAUGCCCUACCUCAACAAAUAUAUACUGGAUAAGGUCAAAGAGGGGAUGUUCGACAAGGAGAAGUUCGACGACCUGUGCUGGAUGAUGACCCGGAAGAAGAACUUCAAGUUCAAAGGGGUACCACAGGAGGCGCUGCUAUCAGAAAGAGACUGUUUCAAGCUCUUCUGCUUAUUCAACCUCCUGUCUGAAGACCGUUACCCGCUGGUGAUGAUACCAGAGGAGGUGGAGUACCUCCUCAAGAAAAUCUCCACAGCAAUGAGCGAGGAGUGGGAUGGGAAACCCUUGGAGGACUUAAUAUCCCAGGAUGCCACAGCGCAGGAAGAGGGCAUGUCUGUAUGGAGCUUCCUGGAGCACAUUGGUGCAGGCCGGCUGCUGAGGGUCACCAGUGCCGAGGCCUUCAGUCUGGCUUUGGAUGAGGUCUUUCUGGAGAUGUAUCACAAUGUGCUCAAGAGGGGUUACAUGUGGAAAAAGGGACAUGUACGUAGGAACUGGACUGAACGCUGGUUUGUGCUGAAGCCCUCUUCCAUGGCUUAUUACGUCAGCGAGGACUUGAAAGACAAGAGAGGAGAGAUCCAGCUCGAUACGAGCUGUGUCAUAGAGCCUAUUCCUGACAGAGAGGGGAAGCGCUGUAUGUUCUGUGUGAAAACCCACAAUAAAACCUAUGAGAUGAGUGCGCCUGACCAGAGACAGAAGGUGGAGUGGACUCAAGCUAUUCAGACAGCCCUCCGUCUCCAGAGUGAGGGCAAGUUCUCCCUUCACCACGAACUCAAACUGAAGAGACGGGUCCAGCGGGAACACAGCCAGCGGGAGCGCAGCCGGAGCGCCCGGAGUAGCUGCAGCAGCCGGAGCAGCCAAUCAGACGACUCCAACAUCCAAGAGCUGGAGAAGAUGGACAAAGAGAAAGACAGACAGGAUUUAGAGAUAGAAAGCAUCAUACAGCAUGCACGUGAAUUGGAAACCAGACGAAGGGAGGCAGAGGAAAGAGAAAGGAGGAGACAGAAGGAGGUGCAGAUGGAGCUGGAGAGACAGCUGAAAGAGGCCGAGACGUUGAGAGACAGCAUGCAGGCAGAGAUGGAGGAGAAGGCCAGGGAGGCUGAGCAACAGAAGAAGAGGAUCCAGGAGUUGGAGCUGACGCAGCGGAAACUGGAAGCUGCUCUCAACAUGGAGAUCCAGGCUCGGCUGGAGGAGGAGAGGGCCAGACAGGAGCUGGAAAGGUUGCUGCAGGUGGAAGAAGAGAAAAAGAAGCAGUUCCAGCUCCUCCAGGAGCAGCAGAGGGCCUUGCAGAGCCUGACCCCAUUACAGGAGGCCUCAGACGGCAGUACGGACCAGGAUACCCCUUCGGCUCUUCACUCGGCCUCCCAGGAGCUCCAAGAUCUGCGGGCUUCUCGCCAGAGGAGCCACCAGCACCUGGAGGAGGUACAAGAGAAGCUGAGGAACGCCAGUCAACAUGUGCGGCACUGGAACGUCCAGCUGAACCGCCUGAUGACACCCGUUACUCCUGGAGAACGAUUGGAACAUCGCCUAUUAUCAAAACGCAUGUGUCCCAAAAAAGAAGGAGCACUGGCCAGUAACGAGUUCGUCUCCAAAUUCAAGAUAAGAGCCGAUCAGAACAGCCAGACACCAGAGGACAGCGAGAGCCUGGAGGAGCAGAUGGAGGCCGCCAACCUGUCAGAUGGAUCGGACGAAUCACAGGGAAGACCCAACGGACAAUCGUGAUGUCGACGGUUGAGGGGAAGUUCGGAAAACAAUAAAAGAAAUUCUCAAUAUGUUUUAAAACCAGAGAGUGGAAAGUGGAAGGAGAAAAAAAGCCAUUUACAAUACAAAAGAAAGGUUUGUAUUAUAUUUAUAUGUUGAAAUGUACACUAAGAUGAAGAGCAAUGAUGUCAAGCACAAUGAGGUGAAUGGCUAAGAUCAAUAGCGACAGUUUUGUAUAAUAAAGUUUAUGGGUGAAUAAUAAAA